AUGGAUUUCGAAGGAUAUCAUUCUUCAACUUCACCAUCGUCUUCAUCUUCAUCACCAUCCUCUUCUUCUUCUUCUUCCAGUGAUGAUAACUGUAACGUUACAGCAAAAAGUUCGUCACAUAAGAGAAAGGCAGGAAGGAGGAAGUUUAAAGAGACUCGCCACCCCAUUUAUAGGGGUGUCAGGAGGAGAAAUGGGAAUAAAUGGGUUUGCGAAAUGCGUGAGCCAAACAAGAAGACGAGGAUUUGGUUGGGGACUUUUCAAACCCCGGAAAUGGCAGCUAGGGCUCAUGAUGUUGCUGCCCUGGCUCUUCGUGGUGACGAUGCUGCACUCAACUUUACUGACUCUGCUUGGCGUGUGGCACGAGCUCAAUCAUCCUUAGCUAGCGAUAUUCAAAUCGCUGCACUUCAAGCUGCUCAAGCUUUUAGACCAUCUUUGGUUGAUGCAAACCCUUCUUCCUCAUCUUCGCCAAAAAAUAUUUGUUGUCAUUCUGCAACGAUGUUCGUGGAUGAAGAGGCAGUGUUUAACAUGCCAGCCUUAAUUGAUAACAUGGCGGAGGGUAUGCUAUUAACUCCGCCAGCAAUGAAGAAAGGGUUCCAUUGGGACAAUGGAGAGGGGGAUGACAUUGAGUUAACUUUAUGGAGGGACUGA